AGACUUAAACAAGUCACAGUUGCAAAGCAAUACCAAUAGAAGCUAUUCUCAAAACAAGGUCAAAUUGUCACAUCACUACUUUCAUACUGAGAAAGCACCUUCCUCUUUGUUCGGUAUCUCGACAGCAUGGCUUCUUGCGUGCAUGUUAAUUCUCACGGUUGGUUGACUGCUAAAAUGAGUAUCGAUGGUGAUAGUCCCAUAUUGACCCUCUCCUCUCUCUUGUGGCAGAUCUUAAGUGCCCGUCUCCCUCACAAGCUGUAUACCGAGAAGAUUGUACGCAGUGUUUUGAUUCCAUUGUAUGCCGUCUAUCCCUGUAGUCGUGAAGUCCUACAUCUAAUUCAUAUCUAGGAUGACGAGGCAGGCUUAAAUGUUUGCCUCACUUGCUUCAAUGGUGGCUGCGCUGGAGAUAGAGAUCAUGCAUCACUUCAUUUCAAACGCUUUGGUCAUCCCUUGGUAUUAAACAUCAAGAGAACUCGGAAGAAGGUCCAGGUGGGUUGAACGACCGUGCAUUUCGUUUUGUUCUAUAUACUCUGUUAUUGACGAUAUUAGCGUGAUGAACCUCCCCAAAAAAUGUCAAAGCUUGCAAUAGCUGCUGAGACGGACGAAGACCGUUAUGACACCACCACGCGCGUUAUUUGUUAUUUGUGUGGGGAGGACGAUGUUGAAAAGACGAGUGGUAGACUGGCGACAACCAUUGAGGGCGUAUUUAAUGCGAUGACGUUCUCAAAGCGAGAAGAGGUUAAGGCCUGGGAGCAAGAGUUUGUUCCAUGCGAGCACACUCUUUGUUUGAAUCAGGGUGAUUCCAGGAACAUCGAGUCAAGAGACCCAAUUCAAUGUUCCAUGUGCGAUCUAAAAGAGAAUCUCUGGCUUUGCUUAGAGUGCGGCAACCUUGGUUGUGGACGUAGCCAAUUUGGUGGCAUAGGGGGAAACUCCCACGGCCUUGCACACUCUGAUUUAACCUCUCAUGCAGUUGCAGUCAAACUUGGUUCAAUAACCGCAGAGGGCUCUGCUGAUAUAUACUGCUACAAAUGCAAUGAAGAGAGGACUGACCCUGACCUUGCCAUCCAUCUUGCUCACUGGGGGAUUAACCUAGCGGGGCGUGAGAAAACAGAAAAAAGCCUGAUGGAAAUGCAGGUUGAGCACAACCUAAAAUGGCAAUUUUCAAUGACAUCUGAGGAUGGACAUGAGCUUUCCCCAAUUUUCGGACCAGCCUUUACUGGUUUAGCCAAUCUAGGGAAUAGCUGUUACUUAUCAAGCGUCAUUCAAUGCCUUUUUGACCUACCAGAAUUUCAACAAAGAUACUACCGUGAAAUAGAUGAGCCGCCACUUACGCCGUUCCCUGCAGAGGACCUUGAGACCCAAAUGCGCAAACUGGCAGAUGGUAUCAUCUCGGGACGUUACUCUCGACCUGACACGGGCAACAUCGUUGCGCCAGAUUUGCCAGAAGCCCCUCACCAGAAAGGCUUAGCGCCUACAAUGUUUAAGCAUCUCGUCGGCCGUGGCCACGAGGAAUUCUCAACAAUGAGACAGCAAGAUGCAUUUGAAUUCUUACUGCACCUGUUCAAGCUGAUUAACCUAUCUACGCAUCCAGAGGGCUUGAACAGUCCCACUCACCCUUUUAACUUCGCUAUGGAACAGCGCCUCCAAUGCGUAAACUGCAAGAAGGUUCGUUACAAGGUGGAUGAACAGGAUAAUGUUUCUAUCCCAGUCCCUGCUCAGCGUUUAGCAUCCCCGGAUGAUAAAUAUCCCACCGGACAAUUUGCACCAGUGACACUCUUUGAUUGUCUAGAUGUCUAUACGUCCGAGGAGAUGGUUGACCUUAUGUGUCCUUCUUGCGGGAGCAAGGAUGGUUUCUCCAAGCGUUCUUCGUUUAGAACGCUACCGCGGCAGUUGGUCAUCAAUGCUCGGCGGUUUGAGUUAAUGAACUGGGUACCUACCAAACUAGACAUACCAGUGGAUGUGAGCGAGGAGCCUUUGGAUUUAAGUUCAUAUCUUUCCUCUGGCCAGAAGGAAGGCGAGGAGAUCCUUCCAGAUAUCGAUGUUUCUGGGGGCGGGUUUGUGCCUAAUCAGCAUGCUUUGGAUCAACUUCUUGGUAUGGGCUUCCCGAUAGCUAGGAGUGAAAAGGCACUUUACACGACUGGCAACUCAGACCCUGAAGCUGCGAUGAACUGGCUGUUUGCCCAUAUGGAGGAUCCCGAUAUUGAUAAACCUUUAACUAUUGACGAGGUCUCAAGAGGAGCAACCGACGCAGAACAUGAUCCCGCUAAAGUGGCACAAUUAGUUGAAAUGGGCAUUGACGAGUCGCGUGCAAAGAAAGCAUUGGGUGCCACGGACGGUGAUAUUAGCAGGGCUAUUGAUUGGGUGUUUAGCCACCCGGAAGAAGCGGCAGGUGCUGCAGACGAUGGUCAUGAAUCAAAUACCCGCUUCGACGGUUACCCUCCGAUGCCUGGUUUCGACGAUACACCAGCUAGGUAUGAACUUCGCUCGAUCGUCUGUCAUAAAGGGUCUUCAGUUCAUGCCGGGUACGUGCCACUCGUGAAUAAGAGUCUUCAACCUACUGACCACUGACAGACACUAUGUGGCCUUCAUCCGGAAGACUUUGCCGAGCCAGAGCGAACCUUCUUGGGUGAUGUUCAAUGACGAAAAGGUGGUCAAAGUUGAGGAUGUCCGAGAGAUGAAGAAAUACGCAUAUCUUUACUUCUUCUCACGGGUCUAAUCAUACGGUACCCUUUAGUUGGCAUAUCUCAACCCAAGACUCCACCGGGAGGAUUACUAUGUGGUACUUCCUACCCGUAGUGGGUUUCAAAAUUCUUUCUUGCUAUGAAAUUGACAGGCACUAUGGGUAACAGGUGUUAUACCUUGUCAGACUUUGAAGUGUAUUGGAAUAGUAGACGGAAGUUUGAUGGGGUUGCGAGAAACAUAUAGAAUAAAUAACAAGCUUUCUCUACUUGGACUAAAUUCAGUGGAAAAGAAAAGGGGUGGCGUUGCCAUGCCGUUAUUAUCAUGUACUUAUCUAGUUAGUUUUCUGCCACGGGUAGGCAACGCCAUGGCGCGGUUGAACCCCGAUGAGUAGUGAGUGAUGAGGAAUAAUCAACAGUCAACUUACGUAUUGAUCACAGAGUCCGUGACACUUGACAGUCUCAAAGCACAUGAGCA